GGCGGCGUGCGGGCGCGGGGCCCCCCCAAGGUCGUGGACACGGGAGGGGGCUUCUUCCUGGAGGAGGAGGAGGAGGAGGAGGAGCAGCGCGGCGCCGCCGAGAGGAUCGUGCAUCCCCCCGCGCCCGUGCUAGAAUUUGACUAUCUCAUCUGUGGAGACUGUGGCAAAGAAUUCAUGGACUCGUACCUAAUGCAGCACUUUGAUUGGGCCACGUGUGAUAAUUGCAGAGAUGCUGAAGAUAAACAUAAGCUCAUCACAAGGACAGAAGCAAAAGAAGAGUAUCUUCUGAAAGACUGUGACUUAGAUAAGAGGGAACCGGUGCUUAGAUUCAUUGUGAAGAAAAACCCUCAUAAUCCUCGGUGGGGUGACAUGAAACUUUACUUAAAACUGCAGGUAAUCAAGCGUGCUCUGGAAGUGUGGGGGAAUGAGGAAUCCUUGCAAGAAGCAAAGGAGCAGCGCCGUGACAGCAGAGAGAAGAUGAAACAGAAGAAGUUUGAUAAGAAAGUGAAAGAGCUUCGCCGUGCAGUGAGGAGUAGUUUGUGGAAGAAGACAGCCAGUAUCCACGAACAUGAAUACGGACCAGAAGAAAGCGUUGAUGAAGAAACGUACAGGAAGACGUGUACUGUGUGCGGCCACGAGUUAACUUACGAAAAGAUGUAAUGCUAAUUUGUUUGUUGAAAUUCAUUACCAUCAUUUUUAAUCAUAUUCUUUAUUAAAGAAAUGGCAGUUGGGAACAAGCUGUUAGCAAGCUCCAUGAAUAAUACAGUCAGUUCUGUACAGAAGAAGGUUAGGCUUCCCAGCUACAUCUUAGGGGAGAGCAUGCACAUUUUUAACAGGCUGGAAAUGGCUGCCUUGUGGGAUGAGAAGUUGGCGUUUCACCCUCGUUUUACAUGCUGAUGAAAUUUAAACAAGGUAGAUUUCCCUCUACUCUUCCUUCAGUCAGAGCUGAAGGAAGUCUCUGUAUUUGCACCAGCUGUUAGCUGAUGUCAGCUCCCAUAUGUCUCAGGCAGCCAGUUCCUAAGCGCUGCCCAGGUGGUUGCAGAGCGUGCCGCCAGGCUGGAGAUGGAGACCUCCAGCUUGAUGGAGGGAGGUGUCCUGUUUGGGGAUUGUUAAAGCAAAGCACCGUGCUGAAACAUUCAGUCAGGUUGCUGCCAUGUUCUAUACUAUGAAGGCUUAAGUAUCCUUCACUGAUUUCUUUUCAAGUUUUGGACCAAAAAGAUGACUCUUAUAGUAAAAGCAUAUCUUCAUUUAC